GAAAGUAACGCCGAUGCCUCGUCACGAUACUCAACCCUGCUAGUAGCGUGGACGCAAUUGAAGGAGGUUCCUUAUGUUUAUGAUUCUUCGAUUGUCAGCUGAACUUGGGUUUUUUGGUCUGCAACGCCAAGUUCGUAGGGAGCAACCUUCGGCGGGAGACAAGUUGAGAUAAGGAGACAAGCUGAGCUGAUUAAGGAGACAAUUAAGCUGAGCUGAGUCAAGGAAGUCAAGCUGGCAAGUGCAGUGAAGGGAUUUGGAAUGACUAUUUCAACAGAAGACAUGAUAUCUUUAAAGGAGGAUAAUUGGCUUAAUGAUCAGAUCAUGAACUUUUAUUUUGAAAUGCUGACAGCAAGGAGCAAAGCAAAGGAAUACCCGAGUGUAUACUCUUUCAACACAUUCUUCUAUCCCAAGUUGAUCAAAUCUGGUUUCGCCAGCCUCCGUCGAUGGACCAAGAAGGUGGACAUCUUCACGAAAGACCUGCUUCUGGUCCCGGUCCAUCUAGGAAUGCAUUGGUGCCUAGCCGUUGUAGACUUCAGGAAUAAGAGCACAGUAUUCUAUGACUCCAUGGGAAGCCACAAUCAGCAAUGUUUAGAUGCAAUGAGAGAUUAUCUUAAAGAAGAAAGCCUUGACAAGAGGAAGGAAAUUUUUAAGGAGGAUGGCUGGACAUAUUCAUCUGGGAAAGACAAUCCCCAGCAGUAUAAUUCAGCAGAUUGUGGAGUAUUCUGCCUCAAAACGGCAGAAUUUAUUUCAAGGGAUGCCCCCCUCUUGUUUACACAACACAGCAUGCCCUAUUUUAGGAGGAUGGUGUGGGAGAUACUUCACAUGACCUUGUUGUAACAUUCACUGCAUGUUGACCUGCAGGAGACCAAAGGCUUGGAGCUCCCUGAUUGGAUCCAUUUAAAGGGAUCCGGUAACUUUGUCUCAGAUUCUGAAACAAAAUCCUGGAUUUUGCUCA